AUGCAAAUAAUAAAAGAUUGGCUCAAACCUAUUUCUGAUUAUUUCAUCAAUGGUUUUUCUGAUACUUUUCAAUUAUUACUAGAUAAUUUUCUUGGAGAUUAUCUAGAGGAUCCAAAAUAACUUAAUAUGAGUACUUUACUAAAAGGAGUAGAAAUGCUUAAAUUAAACAAGACAUUUAUCAAUUAACUCCUAGGUUAAAGUCUUUUUAAACUUGAGGAGGCUUACAUAGGUAAUUAUGAAACUUAUAUUAAAAGAAUCUAUCAAAGUUGCUAAUUUAAAAUUUUAGGCAAGUGGUGUUAAAUUAGUAUUUGCUCUUGUAAAGGAAAUCGAUAGAAAUGAAUUAAAAGAAUAUUUAGAUAAAGCAGAAGAGGCAAAAUAAAAGGAAAUUUAAAAACUUGCUCAAUUUGCAUAGUUAAGAGAAGAAGUUUAUAAACAUCAAGAAUUAGAAAAAAGUAUAGAUAUGAAUACAUCAAUGAAUGUUCAAACAGGACUUAUUCAAUUUUUAGGUUUAGUAGAUACUUUAUUAAGUAAUUCAUCAAUUACUAUAAACAAUAUUAAAAUUAUUUUAAUUGAAGAAGAAGGAAAAUAAUAUGAAUUUAAUAUACAUCAUACUAAUAUCAAUUUUUAAAAGCAAAACUUAAAGUAAUUUACAAUUUUAUUAAUAGUAAUUUGCUUUUUAUAAGUUUUGGUAUAGAUAAGAUUUCGUUAUUAUUGAAAAAGGAGUAAAUAGCUUAAAUAGAAAAUGCAUUGAAGCUAGAGAUGGUUGUCGAAACUAAAAAUAGUAGAGUAAAUACAAAAGUAGAUGGGAAAAUUUCAUCUUUAGAUAUAGUACUAAAUUAUAAAUAAUACUAAAAUAUAUUAUCAACAGUUUCUUAAUGUUUAGCAUUAACAGAUGAAUUAAAUAAAAUAAUAAUUGAUUUAAAAGGAGAACAAGAAGUAGAAUUUGAUGAUGAUGAAGAUGGUAUAUAAAAACUUGAAAAGACUGAUACAUCAAUUCUCAAUUCAUAAACUGAUUAAAAGAAAAAGAAUACUCAAACAAAAAUUAUUCCUAAUUUAUCUUAUAUGGAUACACUAAAUAUUAAUUUAUAGUAAUCUUUAGCUUAACAUCCAAUACCUUAGGAAUAAGAAAAAUAAUUGGUUGAAUUUUCUUAGAGUAUUUUUAAUUCAACAUUUGAUUAAUUGGAUUUUGAAAAAAAAAGUUUAAAAAAUUAAGCAGAAACAUUUAAGUGUUAAUUUGAUGGUAUUAGAAUAGCUAUUUCUGAUAAUUCUCAAUAAUUUCCAAAAUUAAAAGGUAGAUUCUUUUAGGAUCUUGAUAGUCAUUAUUUUAUUGAAAUAAUAAAGAUUCAAGGAAGUUAUUAAAAAGAUCAUAUUGAAUUUUAAAUAGAAAGUAUAGGAGCACAUAGAGUUAGAGCUGAUUCUAAUAAUGGAUAUAAUAUAAUGCAAAGUUAAGAAUUAUUUCGCAGUUGUUAAGAAAACCCUAAAUUUUAAUUCUAUGUUACUCCUAUGAUAAUGAUGGGAUUGGCAGAAAAAGGAAGAAUUGAAUAAGAUUAUGCUAUAUACAUAUUUGAUAAAUUAUAAGAAUAAUGUGAAAUUAAUAAAGCAGUAGUAUUAUCAAUUAAAAUUUAUCAUGGAAAAAAUAGAGAAAAGUUUUAUAUGGCAAAUAUUUAGUUUUCAGAUUUUAUUGCUUCCCUUAAUCAUGAAUUUAUUUUAAGUCUUUUAUAAAAUAUACCUUCAAAAGAGGUUUAACAAUUACCAGUUUAAGAAAUUAAAAAACCUUGUUUAUAUGGAUUUGAAAUUAAAAUUCCAUAUGUUAAUUUAAAUUAUUUCAUAAACAAUAAACCUUUGUAAUUUAGAGUUAAAGAUAUUAAACUUAAAUAAAACCCAGUUAAAAAAUUCCCACAUAAAUUAGGAUCUUUAGAACCAUUUGAAGGAAUUCCUAAAAAUGAAAAUCCACUAUAAUUUAUUUGCAUUUCAUUUUUCUCUAUUUGGAUUGAAUUUUCUGGAUAAAACAUUGUUACUGUUGGUUAGAAUGUAGUAGCUGAUUUACAAAUAUUUCCAUUAAUUUACAUAAGUUUUUAAGAAAAAUAAGAUAUAAAAAAAGAAGUUAAAUAAGAAUUGAAAGAUUCUCUAUAGUUUAGACAAUAAGUAAGUGAAACUCUUAUUAGAGGAUCACUUCCUUUAGUUGAUAUUCAUAUAACUUAAGAUCUACUUUAUUGGCUAAUUUCAUUAUAAGAUUAUAUUGAUAAAUAAACAAAUUCUAAAAAUAAAUAAAAACCUUAACGUUAGUCCAAAGAAGAAUCACUUACUUACUUUUAGUUAUCUAUAGAAUCAUCUGCUAUAAUUAUAUUAGAUAAUUAAAAUAAAGAUUUAUUAUAAAUUGAUUUAGAAAAGAUAUCUUUAAUUUCUACUAAAUAAACUAUUUUACUCUUUUAAAAUAUAAUAAUUAUUGAUCACCAAUGUCCUUUAGUAAAAUAUAAUAGAAAUUAAGUUUAAUAAAAAAUUAAAAAAUAUUCAUCUACAUAAAUUAUUUUGUAUAGAGUAUUCUCUAAAUAAAAAAACACUUAAAUUAUUUCUGCUGCAUCAAAAAAAUUAUAUUCAAAACCAAUGGAAAUUGAUUUAGAUGAUUGUAUUUUUAAAUUGUAAAUUGGUAAAAAGAUUAAAAUUUAAAUUCAGAAUAUUUGUAUAAGAAUUCCUGAUUUCAAAUUUACUACUUUUAAAAAGUUAUAUCCAAUUAUUAAGAACUUUUAAACAAAUUCAGAAAAAAAUUAACAAUAAAAUAUUAAAUAAAUUUAAUAAGAAUAAGAUAUUUAAAUUGAAAUUCAAAUUACAAAAAAUUUAUAUCUAGAUUUAUUUCCAAUUAAUGAAGUUGAAGAAUUAUCAAGUUAAGGAUUAUAAACAAUUAAUGAGUUUUCAAAUAGUAGAGCUUUAAUACUAAUUGAAGAUUUAGUUUAUAAUAAAGUACUUCAUUUAUCAAAAGCAGUUCUUUAUGUAUGUAGAUAAAAUGGAUUUGAAUUUCAAUGUCCAGUAAUUCUUGAAGACUACUUUGAUAAAUUAAGUGCUUUUUAAUUCAAAAAAGUUUUUUAGAUUAAAAAUGUUAAAUUUUCUGAAAAUAAUUUAAGAAUAGAUUUAAUUUAAGGAAAUUUCAGAUUUGACAUAAUUUAAACAAUUAUGGAAAUAAAUGAAGAAUUAUAACCAUAUAUUCCUAAAUCUUAGCCUAUAGAUGCCACAAAAUAAGAAUAUUUUAUUUCAAAAGAUUUCUCAAAAUUACUUAUAGAAGGUGAAAAAUUAGAUAAUUAAAUAAUGAUAAAUAUAGGAUAAUUACUUAUAAAUUUAGAAGAAGGACAUACAUUUUAUUAAAUGCCACUUUAUUUUGAAAAUAAUUGUGAUUAAAAUAAAAGAUUUUAAGAUGAACUCUAAGAGUAUGUUUCUAAUGCUGAUAUACUCUAACAAAGAUUAUUAGAUACUGUUAGUUUAAAUUUUACAAAUAUACAUUUAAUCAUAGAAAUAUAUGCCAAAGGAUAGACAGGAAUAAAAUUUUAUUCACAUUUUGAAAUUGAAGAUAAAAUUUAAGAUUCUAAAUUUAAACUUAUCUUAAGUCCAGAUAAUGAAUCUUUUGAUAAUGAUUAUAAAAGUGUUCCAAUACAAAUUGCAUUAAUCUUAGAAAAUUAAACCUAUACAGCAUCUAUUGCAAUUGAUCCUAUGAGAAUAUGUCUCUCAGGGGCUUUUCUUUAAUUUAUUUUUAAUUUUUAAAAUAGUUAUAGUUGGAUUGAAAAAACAAUUUAUGAAGAUUAAAUAUAAAUUUUUAAUUCAAUUGAAAAAACAUCAUAAAUUUGGUUAAAGAGUUUACAAGUUUAUGAAACAAACUUUAAUCUUUCAUAUGACUCAUAAGGAUUAUAAAUGGAUGAUUUAUUGAAAGGAUUAUUAAAAAUCAGUUCAUUUUAUGAUUUACAGAUACCAAUUAAAUAUAUGUUUGCAACUAUUCGAGGAACUCCUGAAGAUGUAAUAAAUUGUGUUAUUGCAUAAUUAUAAACAAGUUUAGGUUCUAAGUUAAUGAUUGCUGGAAAAGCUUUAACUAGUUUAGAAGCUUUUUCAACAGUUACUAAUCUAGUAAAAGGAACUUUAAGUUUACUCCUUAAACCAUUAGAAGAAGGUUUUUUUAAAGGAACUAAAAAAGGUGUUUAAGAAUUUUCUAAUUCAUUAGUAUUUGCCUUACUCAAAACAUUAAAAGUUCCUUCAUCUGUGAUUAUAGCAGGAGGUGAAACAGUAGGAUUACAAUCAUUAACUUUACCAUUUAGAUUAGUUAAUGAAAAAAGCAAUUAAAUUUUAGAUAAAAUUAACCCUUCCAACAUACCAAAAAGAUUCUUAAAAAGAUACUGAUACCUUAAGGAAUUACCAU